AUGCCACAAAACGAGCAUAUUGAACUACACAGAAAGCGCCAUGGUCGCCGGUUGGACUAUGAGGAAAGAUUGCGGAAAAAGCAAGCACGUGCCGGCCAUGAGCGAUCACAAAAAGCCAAGAAGUUGAGAGGUAUCAAGGCCAAGUUGUACAACAAGAAACGCUACUCUGAGAAGGUUGAAAUGCGCAAAUUAUUGAAGCAGCAUGAAGAAAAGGAACAGAAAGGAGCCCAAGAACGUCCCGAUCAAGGAGCCGUUCCCGCGUAUCUACUUGAUCGACAACAGCAAACUACUGGAACUGUGCUCUCAAAUAUGAUAAAGCAAAAGAGGAAAGAAAAAGCGGGCAAAUAUCAAGUCCCGAUUCCAAAAGUGAAGGCGGUUUCUGACGCAGAAGCUUUCAAAGUUGUCAAGACCGGAAAGACUCGCAGGAAGGGCUGGAAAAGAAUGGUUACAAAGGUUACUUACGUUGGCGAAUCAUUCACCCGAAAGCCUGCUAAAUUUGAACGAUUCAUCCGGCCCAUGGGACUCCGAUUCACGAAAGCUCAUGUAACGCAUCCGGAAUUGCAAACGACGUUUUGUUUGCCGAUCGUUGGAGUCAAGAAGAAUCCGUCCUCACAGAUGUACACGAGCCUUGGAGUGAUCACAAAAGGAACCGUCAUUGAAGUCAAUGUAUCAGAGCUCGGUAUGGUCACUCAAGGUGGAAAAGUCGUAUGGGGAAAAUAUGCACAGGUUACGAACAAUCCCGAAAAUGAUGGAUGUAUUAAUGCCGUACUCUUGCUU